AAUCAGUUUUAAAGUUGAGUUGGCGCUGCAUUGAAUCAGAUGUGAAUAAUAGAAUGGGGCACUGAGGCGGUGCAGAGCGUCCCGCCUCCAAAUGUCAUUGAAUCCUCCGGGUGAAACAUCACGAGAUUUCACCUGGGAGAACUGUCUGGGUGAUCAGCCCCGAACGAGAACCAAAGUGUCGAGAGGACCGUGAACAUCGAGCCCGCCCAGGUCACGGCACGCCCCGUCCCGGUCCUACCGAGUGACCGCUCCUCUGCACCGGAGCACCUGCACGUGCAGCGAGGGAAACGCGCCGCGGGACGCGCCGAGUUGCUGAGGAGGUGACGGCGCAGGACGUGACGUGAACUCCUGGGGGUGGACGCGGCGGGCGGGAGGUCGCGUCGCGUGCUUGGGCACAACAAGCUCAGCGGGCGCUGCUCGGACGUCUCGCGCAGGCACUGCAGUCUGGACCACGAGCUGUCUGGCAGGAGGAGGAGGAGGAGAAGGAUGCGGCGCGCGGUCUCUGCUUCUGACGUUCACGUUGCACUGACGUAGACGCGAGGGACGCGAGGGGAUCCGAACCAACACACGGACCGUGCAGGAGGAUAUCGGAACAGUUUUUUCUGUUUUUAAAACAAGUAAUUAUCAUUCGGUUGGUUUUGAAGCGUCCGAGCCAUGGCGGAGAGAAGUGGCAGGUUGAGUUUCCCCGGGAGCGGGUCUCUCAACAGGCCGGUCCCGAUGAACCUGUUCGCGACGUGGGAGGUCGACGGCUCGUCGCCCAACUGCAUCCCCCGGUUGUGCAGUCUGACCCUGAAGAAGCUGGUGGUGAUCAAAGAACUUGACAAAGAGCUCAUCUCUGUGGUGAUCGCAGUUAAGAUCCAGGGCUCCAAGAGGGUUCUGCGCUCCCACGAGAUAGUGCUGCCCCCUGGGGGCUCGGUGGAGACCGACCUGGCCCUCACCUUCUCCCUGCAGUAUCCACACUUCUUGAAGCGUGAGGGGAACAAGCUCCAGAUUCUACUCCAGAGGCGUAAGAGGUACAAGAACCGGACCAUCCUGGGCUACAAGACGCUAGCGGCCGGAACCAUCGACAUGGCUGAGGUGAUGCAGCACCCCACCGAGGGCGGCCAGGUGCUCCCGCUGUGCUCCAACCAGAAGGAGGCCCUGGGCAAGGUGGCGGAGAUCUGGGUGUUCUCCCUGUCCAGCCAGCCCAUCGACCACGAGGACGCCGCGCUGCAAGGGGAGCAGAAGACCAAGUGCUCGGAUAACUACUCGGAGGAAGAGUACGAGAGCUUCUCGUCGGAGCAGGAGGCGAGCGAUGACGCCGUCCAGGGCCAGGAUCUUGAGGAAGACGAGUACGACGUGCGGAAGCCAAAGAAGCAGCGACGGUCGAUCGUCAGAACGCCUUCCAUCACCAGGCAGCAGAACUUUAAGCAGCGGGUUGUGGCUCUUCUGAGGAGGUUCAGAGUAUCAGACGAGGUGCUGGACUCGGAGCAGGACCCGGCCGAGGCGGCCCCGGAGCUGGAGGAGGACCUGGAGAGUCUGGACUUCGAGAACCCCAGCGACAGCGGCCCGGAGCUGGAGGACGACGACAGCGUGCUCAGCACCCCCAAGCCCAAGCUCAAGCCCUACUUCGAGGGACUGUCUCUCUCCAGCUCCCAGACGGAGAUCGGCAGCCUUCACAGCAGCCGGAGCCACCGAGAGCCACCCAGUCCGGUGGAGCCGGAGAAUAUGCGCGGGGUCGGGGCUAAGUUCCCGGCCGACAGUGUGUCUGAUACCGUGUCCUUUGAGCAGCCAGGGGUCGUGACCCCCACCACCGAGCUAGAGAUGGACAACAUGGACAUGUUUCUGGAGAGACUGCCUCCUAUUGGCAAGAUGACGAAAACAGAAUCGCUCAUCAUUUCAUCCAACAGGCAGGAGCCCAAGUUAGCGGGUCGUCGGGGCCGCAGCACGUCCCUGAAGGAGCGGCAGCCCAGCAGACCUCAGAACGAGAGAGCCAACAGCCUGGACAACGAGCGCGCCCUGGACACACGCUGCCACCUGCAGAUCCCCAGGAAGACGGUGUACGACCAGCUGAACCACAUCCUGGUGUCGGACGAGCACCUGCCCGACAGCAUCAUCCUGGUCAACACCUCCGAUUGGCAGGGCCAGUACCUGGCGGACGUGCUGCAGAACCACCAGCUGCCCGUGGUCUGCACCUGCACCACGGCCGACAUCCAGGCCGCCUUCAACACCAUCGUGUCCCGCAUCCAGAGAUUCUGUAACUGUAACUCGCAGACCCCGGUGCCCAUGAAGGUGGCGGUGGCGGGCCCCCAGCAUUACCUCAGCGCCGUGCUCCGCCUCUUCGUGGACCACCUGACCCACAAGACCCCUGAUUGGCUGGGAUACAUGCGCUUCCUCAUCAUCCCCCUCGGCGCCCACCCGGUUUCCAAGUACCUGGGCUCCAUCGACUACCGCUACAACAGCCUGUUCCAGGACGCAGCAUGGAGGGAGCUCUUCCACAAGGCCGAGGCCCCCGUCGUGGCGCAGGAGAGCCCGGACGUGGUUGCCAGAGUAACGCAGUACAUGCUGGGGGCCAACGGGGCCCACCAGCUCCCCAUCGCAGAGGCCAUGCUGACCUACAAACAGAAGAGGAAAAAGAGCUUUCAUUUUGAUUUUGCAGUAAGCCCUGAUGAGGAGUCUUGCCAGAAGUUCAUCCCCUUUGUCGGGAUGGUGAAGGUCGGGAUGGUGGAGCAGGCUUCAGCUACGUCAGGUGACUCUGACGACGCAGCUCCCCCGGGCUCCUCGAUGCUGUCCUCCACCCCCCCUCAGGGGUCCCCCUCCCUGAAGGAGGCCUCGCCCACGCCGCCCCCCUCCUCGCCCUCCGUCCACACCAGCUUCAGCGCGUACAGCUGCGGCGGGCCCGGGGAGCUGAUGGGGCUGCAGGUGGACUACUGGGUGGCGCCCGCCGAGCGCAAGAAGGACGUGGAGAAGCGCGACGCCUCGUCCAAGAACACGCUGAAGUGCACCUUCCGCUCGCUGCAGGUCAGCCGGCUGCCACUGGGGGGCGCCGAGGGCAACCCCUCGCUGCCCACCAUGUCCAUGACCGUGGUCACCAAGGAGAAGAACAAGAAGGUCAUGUUCCUACCAAAGAAGAGUAAAGAUAAGGAGGUGGAGAGCAAGAGUCAGCUGAUCGAGGGAAUCAGCCGCCUCAUCUGCACUGCCAAGCAACAGCAGACCAUGUUGAGAGUGCUGAUCGACGGAGUGGAGUGGAACGACGUCAAGUUCUUCCAGCUCGCCGCCCAGUGGUCGUCCCACGUCAAGCACUUCCCCAUCGGGAUCUUCGGCCACACCAAGGGCCCCUACUAGAGGCCCCCGGCCCCCAAAAGACUGAAAGCAAACACACACCCCGACCC